AUGGCAACCUGUUCCCGGCCACCCUCUCGAGCCCGCUCCCCUGUUGAUCAGGGACAGUUGGAACCCUUCCUUCCGCCAGCCUCCCCUGAGCUUGGCAAAGUAUCCCUUGAGCGGGUUAUCCGCCUCCUCUGGGGACUCCAAUCCCAGGUUGACCGCAUCAAGCGGACCCUCUUGGAACAAACCAAAAUUAGCCAAGAGGUUUGGACCAAUGUCAAGAAUAUCUUGCAAACCGUUGAUGUUGUCAAGGAUGGGUUGGCCCAACUCCAGCACGCCUGGGGCCCCCACACCCCAGAAGAACAAAAACCCCCAGCGGUUGAGGAAACUCCCAGGGCCGCGCCCAAAGCCAAGCCUAUUGGAAAGGCUCAACCAUUCCUUGGGGCCCCAGCCCCUAUCAUCUCCACAGGGGCCCCCAGGCGCAACCCCCUCUCAUUAUUCAACCCAUACCCUGCCUCCUCCUUCCCUCCGGGACCGGCUCCAGCCCCCCAAGGACCUCCACCAGCGCCUAUUGUCACCUUGGCGCAGCCUCCAGUCCCCUCCACUGUAAAGGUGGGCCACCCGGAUGCCUUCAAAGGCAAAAUAGGGUCAGAGGCCAAACAAUGGCUAACACGCAUGAUGGCCUGGAUUCGCCUCAACCAGAGGCAGUUUCCCUUGGACCUGGAGGUCCUCAGCUUCCUCCUCAUGAACAUGGAGGAAGCAGCAGGUGUCAGAGCCAACAACUACCACAAGUGGGAUCCAACAAUGCUCAAGGCAAUUGCCAGAUAA